GAGCGGCGAUUGGCUGUCGCUGGCCGUCGCUCAAGCACUCUCCCGGAGAUGGUCCGAGGUGGGAGGAGAGCUGGAGAGACCCGGGAGCUGAGGGACGGGUGAAGGCCAUGCCGCCCCCUGGGAAAGUUCCCCGGAAGGAGAACCUGGGGCUCCAGUGUGAGUGGGGUUCCUGCUCCUUUGUGUGCUCGGCCAUGGAGGAGUUCUGCGAGCACGUCACUCAGCACCUGCAGCAGCACCUGCACGGCUCCGGGGAGGAGGAGGAGGAGGAGGAGGACCCGCUGGAGGAAGAAUUCUCCUGCUUGUGGCAGGAGUGUGGCUUUUGUUCUCUGGACAGUUCUGCUGACCUCAUCCGCCAUGUCUACUUCCACUGCUACCACACCAAGCUGAAACAGUGGGGGCUGCAGGCCCUGCAGAGCCAGGCCGACCUCAGCCCCUGCAUCCUGGACUUCCAGAGCCGCAACGUCAUCCCAGACAUCCCUGACCACUUCCUGUGUCUGUGGGAGCACUGCGAGAGCUCUUUCGACAAUCCCGAGUGGUUCUAUCGGCACGUGGAAGCGCACAGCCUGUGCUGUGAAUACCAAGCAGUUGGCAAGGAUAACCAUGUGGUGCUGUGUGGCUGGAAAGGCUGCACCUGCACCUUCAAGGACCGCUGUAAGCUUCGAGAGCACCUCCGCAGCCAUACCCAGGAGAAGGUAGUGGCUUGCCCCACCUGUGGGGGCAUGUUUGCCAACAACACCAAGUUCUUAGAUCACAUCCGUCGCCAGACCUCAUUGGAUCAGCAACGCUUCCAGUGCUCUCACUGUUCCAAGAGAUUUGCCACGGAGCGCCUAUUGCGGGACCACAUGCGUAACCACGUGAAUCACUAUAAGUGCCCUCUGUGUGACAUGACCUGUCCGCUGCCAUCGUCCCUCCGAAACCACAUGCGCUUUCGCCACAGCGAGGACCGGCCCUUUAAAUGUGACUGUUGUGACUACAGCUGCAAGAAUCUGAUCGACCUCCGGAAGCACCUGGACACCCAUAGCAAGGAGCCAGCCUACAGGUGUGACUUUGAGAACUGCAGCUUCAGUGCUCGAUCCCUCUGCUCAGUCAAGUCCCAUUACCGAAAAGUGCAUGAAGGAGACUCAGAGCCAAGGUACAAAUGUCACGUGUGUGACAAAUGCUUCACAAGGGGCAACAACCUCACCGUGCAUCUUCGCAAGAAGCACCAGUUCAAGUGGCCCUCAGGGCACCCCCGUUUUCGGUACAAGGAGCAUGAAGAUGGCUACAUGCGGCUGCAGCUGGUUCGCUAUGAGAGCGUAGAGCUGACACAGCAACUGCUGCGGCAACUACAGGAGGGGUCGGACUUGGGCGCGUCACUGAGUGAGAGCAGCCUGCAGGGCACCCUUCUAGAAACAGUGCCAGGGGAGCCAGGACCCCAGGAAGAGGUGGAAGAGGAAGAGGAGGGCGGGGGCGAUGAGGGGACAGCCCUCUCAGCCUCUCAGGACACUCCCAGCCCUGUCAUCCACAUGGUGAAUCAGACCAACGCCCAAGGCGAGCGAGAGAUUGUCUACUAUGUGCUGUCUGAGGCCCCGGGAGAGCCCCCCCAGCCGCUGAGUCCCCCGCAGGGGGCAUCGUGGAAAAGCUUUGGGGAAUAGCUGAGGAGCCAGAAGUGCGGAUGGUGUGAAGGCUGCAGAGCCUGACCCCAGGCCCUGGGGUUUGAGCCGGGCUGGUGGCACUGCCUCUAGUGGGCAGCUCUUGCCAAUGGAUGCCUUUAGGAGGGAUGCUGAGAACAGUGCUGUCUGCUCUGGACCCAGCUUGCGUCAUUCAGCAGACUCGAAGGACUUCCCUUUUCUGCCAGGCCACAUUUUGUGGGAAUCCUGAGGAGUCUGGAUUCUUUGAGGGGGACACCCUGGUGGUGUGUGUUCUUGUACAGGUGGCUAGUAUCAGGCUUAACCAUAACCCUCUAGACAUGCUGGAACAGUGAUUAAAAUCUGUAGUCAACUCGCAUCUGUUCCCGUCUUUAGGGGUCCUUAGGCCCAGGGGUGACGUGUCACUGGUUCCUGCAAGGGCCCUUUCCUCACAACCAGCCACAGCAUUGUGAACGAGGCAGCCAUUUCCCUGUAAUGGGUUACUCCUACAACCCACGGUCUUUCAUGGUUAUCCUCAGGGACAGGAUUGGAGGCACUGUGUGUGUGUGUAACGGUUGUUUUUGGUAAUAAAAGAAAACACUUGGGCUGUUA